AAGUGGCAGGAACAUGGCCACAAACUACAGUGCCAACCAGUAUGAAAAAGGUUUCUCACCCAAAUAUCUGCAGAAUUGGUCCCCUGCCAAGCCAACAAAAGAGAGUAUCUCUUCUCAUGAAGGCUACACUCAGAUUAUCGCCAAUGACCGUGGUCAUCUGUUGCCUUCAGUGCCUCGCUCCAAGGCAAGUCCUUGGGGUUCCUUCAUGGGCACCUGGCAAAUGCCUCUGAAGAUACCCCCUGCUCGGGUGACUCUGACCUCCCGUACAAUGGCUGGUGCUGCCUCCCUCACCAACUGGGUACAGAAAAAUCCUGAUUUGCUCAAGGCCUCUAAUGGAAUACGUCCUGAAAUCUUAGGCAAGCCCCAUGAUCCAGAUAGUCAGAAGAAACUCAGUAAGAAGACUGUACAACAAGCACCACAUACAACCAUAAUUCCUAACUCCACACCCACAGGCUGCAAUUCCCCUCAGCAAGUGCAAAGCUCACACCCCUCUGCAGGUCACACUCCAGCUCUCCAAAACUCACCCAACUCUCCUAAGAGGCCACCAUGUACACCGGAACACUCAGAAGGUCCUGAUCUAGCUGAGAUCCCAAAAUAUGAAACUGGAACUCAAGAAGAGACUAAGGGCCACACUGAGAAAACCUGUCUCCAGACCGAGUAA